CUGUUGCUGCAGUUGACAGAUUCUAAAUCAGCCUGGAGCGUCCCUCCUGGGACCUUGUGGAGAGAUUUGGCUCUGGGCUUACUUUGAUAUCGAAAUCUUUAGGAGCUGGCACAGCAUAAACUUUGGUUGUGGGUUUUGGGGGGAGCCAUCUUCGCAUAGUCUCUUCUUUUGGGUUGGGGAUGUGGGAGAAGCUUAACAGGAGGAAAGGGACCCGCAAAGAAGACACUUACCAUGCAGAUGUUCUUCCACAAAAAAGAAAGGACGCCUCUGGGCUUCUGUGAUGGCCUGGAUAAUAUCUUCGUGGGCUUUGGGAGCAAGGAUGAGAGAGGUUGUCGGCCGCCCAAAUAUCACACCAGAUAUGCACCUUACUAUCGGAUCCACAAGGCUGCAAGUACUGGGGACAUAGACACAGUGAAGAGCUUUGUUCUACGGGGAAUUUUUGACAUGGAACAAAUAGAUUGGAAGUACAGGACUGCCCUGCAUUUUGCCUCCGUCUACGGCCAUCCAGAAGUGGUGACUCUCCUGGUGCAGAACAACUGUGAGAUUAAUCCAAAGGACAUUAAUGGCGCCACACCUCUAAUUAAGGCUGCACAAUGCAGACAGAUGGAAUGCCUUGAUACUCUAUUGAGUUACGGUGCCGAUCCAAAUAUUAUGGACUGUUGUGGCAACACUGCUCUGCACUAUGCUGUUUACAACGGAGACAUUGGGAUAGCUGCUAGGCUGCUAGAAUGCAAGGCGAACAUCGAAGCAAUGAAUGAGAACAAGAUCACACCACUUUUGCUUGCUCUGAAACAAAACAAAGAGAAGAUGGCAGAGUUCUUAAUCAGCAGAGGAGCAAAUGCAGAAACCUGCGAUUUCCUGGGAAGAAACAGCCUCAUGUAUGCUGUAAGGUGUGGGUCUGAGCACAUUAUCAAGCUGCUUCUUCAAGGAGACAUCGAUACCUUUAAGAAAGAUGCUUUUGGAUGGACAGCUAAACGCUAUGCUAUUGAGAGUAAAAGCAAAGUGUGAGUGUUCCCAUUUAUU